AACCGCUACCUGUGGUGAUGUUCUGGUUUGUGGUUGUGAAUAGAUAUGGCAAUUUCUGUUUCAGAGAUAGUUGUUCUUAGAAGCACUUUCAACAAUUGCAACUUUUCUUGUUUCCGCCGAAAAGUUAAUGUUGUUACUUCACCAAACACGUCCUUAACAUCACUUCUCUUCCCUGCCAUAACUACAACGAGGUUGUCUAGUGUUGUUCCUCGAGCUCUGGAUCCCAAAACAGGAGAACAAAACUCUACUACUUCUUCAUUUCAAGAGGAUUUAGUGUAUGUGGCAAAACUACUGGGGGGUUCUUUUGCUGGUGCGGCUGUGAUUAAAUAUGGCAGCGGUGUUUUCCCUGUGAUAACUACUCCAAACCUUGUUUUGUCUCUUGUUAUCAUCUUAACUCCUGUCAUUGUUGCUGUUUUCCUUUUGAUAAAUCAAAGUCUUCGCCAGAAGCUAUAGACAGUGUUUAUUUUAUGAAUCAAAACAGUGUAAUUAUCAUUUGUUUGUUUGUUGUCCUGUUGAAUUUUAUUUGCAUGAUUUUGAUACAUUUCCAGUCGGAAAAUCAUGUACUCAUCAAACCGUUCUCAAGAAAAAUCAUGUACUCAUACUCUGUACUCAUACUUUAGAGAGAUGUCAUAUUGAAGUUAGAGUCUUAUUAGGGAUGGCAAUUUGGCCCAUCCCCAGUGGGUACCGACAAAAAACCCCAUAUCGGGUAGGGUAAAUACCCAUAAAAAUGGGUAUGGGCACGACACGGGUAAUUACCCAUUAAAAUAUGCGGGUAUGGGUGCGGGCACGGGUACCUUACUACCCAACCCGCCCCAUACCCACACUACAUAUUUCUAUAAUGUCAUUUA